AUCCAGGUACAUCUUACUAGUUCAGGCAUCAAUGAUUUGAGUUCGAGCGUGGAGACUUCAACUCACAAAGGUCAAGAUUUAGCUAGUGGUGUUGCUAAGUGUUUACUUGAAUGGGGAGUGGAUAAAGUAUUUACUGUGAUAGUUGAUAAUGCAAAUUCUAACGAUGUCAUGGUUAAAGAAUUAUCCAAACAAUUUACUAGAUGGAACACUAACUUGAUGGAAGGUAAGCAUGUUCAUGUUAGAUGUAUGGCUCACAUCAAUAAUCUAGUUGUUCAAGAUGGGUUGAGAGUAGGGAGUGUGUCUGUGGAACGAAUAAGACAAGCUAUUAGGUACAUUAGACAAUCUCCUGCAAGAUGGAAGAAGUUUAAAGAAUGUUGUGAUCUCGAUAAGAUAACUUCUAAAAAAUCAUUGUGCUUGGAUGUUCCUACUAGGUGGAACUCCACAUAUUUGAUGUUGAAGGUUGCUACAGUUUAUGAGGAAGCCUUUACAAAAUAUUGUAAUAUUGAUUAUGGUUUGAUGUCAUGUAUUUCUAACUGUAUUUGUGAGGAUGGGCAGCUUGCAGAUCCACUUUUAAGUACUGAUUGGGAUAGUGUAAGACGUACUGUGAAGUUUCUUGAAAUAUUUUAUGAACUCACCUUGAAGGUAUCAGGUGUGAAAAUACAAAUUGAGGUAAAGACAUACAUGAAAUCUUUGUUCACUGUGUAUGCAAAGAAGAAUGGUGAUUCUGGCUCAUCUCCAUCUUCUCCAUCUUCCGGUUCAUAUCCAUCUUCUCCAUCUUUCCCUGGUUCAUGUCCAUCUUCUCCAACUUCAUCUACUUCUUCAUCAUCACUUUCAAAAUUCAUGCUAGAUUUAAAGAAGCAUAAGAAGGGUGAAGGAAUUGAUUCUAAAAUAGAGUUAGAUAAAUAUUUGGGUGAAGAUGUUGAGGAAGACUUUGAAAAUUUUAACAUUCUGGGGUGGUGGAAGUUGAAUUCACCCAGAUUUCCCACUCUUGCUGAGAUGACACGUGAUGUGCUAGCCAUUCCAAUUUCUAGUGUUGCCUCAGAAUCAACCUUUAGUACCAGUGGACGCAUACUUGAUCCAUUUAGGAGUUCAUUGACUCCUAGAUUGGUUCAAGCUCUUGUGUGUGUCCAAGAUUGGCUUCGGAACGAAUCAACAACUCCGGUUAAAAUUGAAGAAGAUUUAGAUAAUCUUGAACAACUUGAAGCGGUGUUGCAGAACUUGAAAGCGUGCCAGGAAUCAGGAUUGAGUGCGAUGGCCAUAGAAGUUGGAACUUGGAACUCUUUUGUGUAA